GUGGGCAAACAUAAACUAGAUGCAGAGUUUUUUCCCAGACCAUCUUAGGUUUUUCACCUACUCGCAUGACUCUGCCAACAGAUGGAGGAGCAGCGUUCUCACUCACCGAGACGCCCAGUGACGCUCAAACCACAGAUGAUGGAGGAAGGCUUUUGAAGAGCUCAGGCAUCGGGGAGGCGAGUGUGUACCACGCGCUGGUGGUCAUCUUCCUAGAGUUCUUCGCCUGGGGUCUCCUCACGUCUCCCAUGAUCACCGUCCUCAAUGAAACGUUCCCGGACCACACCUUCCUCAUGAACGGCCUCAUCGUGGGGAUCAAGGGUAUAUUGUCCUUCCUGAGUGCUCCGCUAAUAGGCGCGCUCUCAGACUUAUGGGGCCGCAAGUUCUUCCUGUUCAUCACUGUGUUUUUCACUUGCCUCCCUAUCCCAUUUAUGAAGAUCAACACAUGGUGGUAUUUCGCCCUCAUCAGUAUGUCAGGCGUGUUUGCAGUUACUUUUAGCAUUGUAUUUGCUUAUGUUGCGGAUGUGACUGAUGAAUCGGAGCGUAGCAGCGCCUAUGGCUUGGUCUCUGCCACUUUUGCUGCAAGCUUGGUCACAUCUCCAGCGUUAGGAGCUUACCUUGGCAAAGUGCACAGCGAUGACCUUGUGGUUGGUUUAGCAACAGCGAUAGCAAUAUUGGAUGUUUUCUUCAUUCUUGUGGCAGUACCUGAGUCUUUACCAGAAAAGCUUAGAUUAUCAUCUUCGUGGAGUGCCCACAUCUCCUGGGAACAAGCUGACCCUUUCUCGGCUUUGUGGAAAGUGGGCAAGGACCGCAAUGUGCUGUUAAUCAGUGUAUCGGUCUUUCUGUCCUACUUACCAGAGGCUGGCCAGUAUUCCUGUUUCUUCGUCUACCUCAGGCUGGUAAUGAACUUCUCAGCAGAAUUGGUGGCAACCUUCAUAGCAGUAGUGGGAAUCCUGUCUGUUGUCGCUCAAACCGCACUGCUUAGUCUCCUCAUGAAGAAGCUCUCUAACAAGCAUGUCAUCAUGGUGGGACUAGUAUUUGAGAUGCUGCAGCUUAUGUGGUAUGGGUUUGGUUCCAAGAUAUGGAUGAUGUGGGCAGCAGGCCUUCUAGCAUCUGUAUCUUCCAUUACCUACCCUGCCAUUAGUGCCUAUGUUAGCACUCACACUGAUGCAGAUAAACAAGGUGUGGUGCAGGGUAUUAUAACCGGCAUGAGAGGCCUGUGUUCUGGUCUUGGUCCUGCAGUGUUCGGCUUCAUCUUUUACCUCUUCCACGUAGAUCUUAACCCAGAGUUAACAGAUGAUGGCAUCCACAGACCAAAUGGGUCAGCUUUAGGAAAUGGUACAACUCCACAUAUUACCAGCAGUCCAAAUUUUGUACCAGGUCCUCCUUUUGUAUUUGGUGCAUUAUUGGUCAUCUGUGCACUCAUGGUAGCUGCAUUUAUUCCAGAAGGAGCAUCUGUUAAACAUCGAAAACCAUCAG